AUGCCAAUUGUGCGACUUCUAAGCCUUGAUGUGAUGGCCGCACUUCCCACACUCUUUCGCGGUGUUGCCCGAGCAGCCAUGAUGGGUGCUCGCCCACUUUCGACAACAACUCUUCUACGGGGUCAUGACGAUAUCAUGGAAAAGUGGCCUGCAGAUAAGUUUGACAAACACUUCAUUGAUUACCUCAACAGGCCCGAAAUUGAUGGUUGGGAGGUGCGAAAAGCUUUAACCGAGCUGCACGAUUUUGACGUGAUCCCCGAUCCAAAAGUUGUGGAAGCAGCCCUUCGAGCCUGUAGACGUGUUAACGAUUAUGCGCUCUGUGUUCGGUUUCUCGAGGCUAUCAAGUUCAAAUGUGGAAACCAGAAAAAUCGUGAACUUGUUUAUGGUUACAUCAUUAAAGAGGUGAAACCAAUACUUGAUGAACUUGGAAUCGCGACUCCGGAAGAUCUGGGCUAUGAUAAACCUGAAUUUUUCAUACCCGAGCCCGAGAAAUGGUGGGAGAAGAAAUGGUAUGCUGAGUAUGGAUUUGAUAAGAAGCCCGGCUUCCAACAU